UCAUCUGAAAGCAGCGGGUGUUUUGUAUUCAAAGUUUUGUUUUCGAAGGAAAAUCUAAAGAACAAUAUGAAAUUCUUCCUUUGCCUAGUCCUCAUCUCAAUGGCCGCCUGGGUGUUGUGUGACAACAUCGACAAGGAUGCCCAAAUCCAAAGUCUAGUCAAUGAGGCUGCCGAUCCAGAGGGUAAUUUCCAUUAUGCCUUUGAAACCUCAAAUGGCAUCCAGGCUCAAGAGGCAGGCAAUGCCCAGGGUGCCACCGGCUCCUUUAAUUACAUUUCACCCGAAGGCGAACACAUUUCUCUGAGCUACACCGCCGAUGAAGAAGGCUAUCAUCCUGUCGGAGAUCAUUUGCCAACCUCACCACCAAUACCCGCUGAAAUCUUGCGUUCCUUGGAAUACAUUCGUGCCCACCCACCAGCCAACUAUCAGGAGAAGAAGUAAAUAAAAUGGAAGUUGCCGUAGUUAGGAAAGGAGGAGCAAGAAAUGUUGCAAUCACCAAGUUAUAUUUUGUCAGCAAGGACGAAGAGAAUGUUAUUCCAUGUUUUCAUCCCAACCAAUUUACCAAGCAACCAUAUAAUGCCAUUAUAGCGUGCAUUCUUAUUAUUUUCUAUCAUUUUUUUUUCUUUAUUAUUAAUUGUUAAGGCUGUAAAUAACACACACACACACAUCAGUUAGAAGUUCUCAGUUAUGCUAAGUUAAGGAGAAGUCACUUCAAAUGUUGUGCGAAAAGAAAUAAAAACUAUGCAAGUCAAUAAA